AUAAACACUACCCUGGCCUACUACUACGCCUGUGCAUGUCACGACUGUUCUGUGCUGCAGAACUCACUCUGAUUAGAGUGACAAUUUAUACAUAAUUUCAACUUGAAACUACUACUACUUAAUUGCAAGACCUCUCAUGUGCAUCAGGCCUAAUCAGUAAUUUGUUGUCUCAUCGAAGUGUGACGCAUCAUUGUAAAAAAUGAAUGUGGUAUAAAAAGGUCCAACUAACAGCAUUCUACUAGGAUUUGUUCAAUGGAAUUUUGAUCCAAAAUAUAUAUAUAAUGAUUCCUCUCAUCAGAGGGCUUUCCUCUGUUCACUUGGCAGCCAGAAGAAAGCUUCACUGUUUGACAAAGUACAGGAGAGAUAUAGAUGCAUCAAAAAUAUGUUCAAAUGGAGUACAGAUUCGUAUGGAAAGUGACAGUGCAACUAUUGACACGGGACCAAGCGUCCCUAAUCAAGCCAGGGUGGUUGUGUGUGGAGGUGGAAUAGCUGGUAUUUCAUUGUCCUAUCAUUUGGCAAAGGCAGGCUGGACAGAUGUUUUGCUGUUGGAACAGGGAAAGUUGACUAGUGGUACAACAUGGCACUCAGUGGGCUUAGUUGGCAUAAGCCACGCAGUUGAGUUUAUAAGUGAUUGUCGUAACAUGAGCAGCGAUCUUUAUGAGAUCAUAGAGGAAGAAACAGGAAUGAGCUCAGGUUUCCUUCGCAACGGUUCAAUUGCUAUAGCUCAAACAAAAGACAGAAUGACUGCUCUGAAUCGUAUUGCCUCAAUUCAAAGAGCCAAGAGGGAAGAAUUUCAAUUAGUCUCACCAGCUGAAAUUGCAUCUCUCGCACCGUAUAUUAAAGUUGAUGAUCUGGUAGGGGGCGUAUAUUUUCCAAGGGAUGGACGAACAAAUAUAUCGGACACGGCAGCUGCCUUAGCUACUGCUGCUAAGAGGCGAGGUGUAAAUAUAGUAGAAGGUGUUGAGGUUGAGAAGAUACUGAUUAAAAACCACAGAGUGACUGGAGUUGAGACUAGUAAUGGAACUGUUCAUUGUGAAUACUUUGUAAAUGCAGCUGGCCAGUGGAGCCGUGAUGUAGGAUUAAAGAGCUCACCGCAGGUCAAAGUUCCUGUGCAUUCUACAGAGCACUAUUAUCUCAUCACAAAGGCAGUUGAAGGAGUUUCACGUUCAAUGCCAUAUGUACGUGAUUAUGAUGGAAGAAUGUAUGUUAUUGAAUGGAGCCAAGGUCUCCUGUGUGGUGGGUUUGAGCCAUUGGCUAAGCCGAUAUUUAGUGCGGGUAUUCCUAAGCCUUUCAUGUUUGAAACACUUCCACCGGACUGGGAUCAGUUCCAGCCUUUACUAGACAGCUUCUUAUUGCGAGUGCCAUCUGCUGAAACAGUUGAGGUCCAGCAGCUGUUCAAUGGUCCUGAGAGCUUCACCCCUGAUGGAAACUUCCUUCUGGGAGAAGCACCUGAGAUUUCAAACUAUUAUGUGAUGGCCGGUUUCAAUUCCAUCGGAGUGUCAGCUAGUGGUGGGGUUGGUAGCGUCCUGGCUAAUUGGAUAAUCAGCGGCAAACCUCCGAACAAUGUCCUUGAUGUUGACAUUCGUAGAUUCACAGAUUGUCACAAUAAUAAAUUGUUCCUACGGGAUAGAGUGAAAGAAGUCGUUGGUCGCUUUUAUGCUCUUAAUUACCCCGGUGAUGAUUUCAAGUAUGGACGUAAUCAGAGAUGUUCUCCCCUCUAUGCCCGUCAACAGGAGGCUGGUGCUGUCUUUGGUGAAAUAAUGGGCUACGAACGACCAAAGUAUUAUCUUGACAAAGAUGAAUUUUUGUCUGGUGAUGAUAGAGGAACAUUUGGAAAGCCUUCUUGGUUUGAUAAAGUGAAAGCCGAGUACUGGGCGUGUCGUGAUUCAGUUGGCCUCAUGGAUAUGUCAACAUUUACCAAGUUCGAAUUAAAGUCUGAAGGAUCAGAAGCAACAGAGUUUCUUCAGCGACUUUGUCCGAACGAGAUGGACGUUGAUGUAGGCACACUGGUCCACACACCAAUGCUGGAUGAAAAUGGUCGCUAUCAGAAUGACUGCAGUGUGGCUAGGAUGGAAGAAAACAGAUAUUUUAUCAUUUCUCCGACAACACAAGAAAUCAGAGCGCAUCAUUGGAUCACAAAACACCUACCACAUGACGGUUCUGUUCAGUUACAUAAUAUUACAAACCAGUACACAGGAAUCAAUGUGAUUGGUCCAAAAGCUAGAGAACUUCUCCAAACACUUACACUUGAGUCUUUAAGCAUCACAGACUUCCGUCCAUUUUGUUGUAAGGAAAUAAGCAUUGGGUAUGCUAACAAUAUAAAGGCUAUGAGUAUAACGAAUGCUGGGGAGCCAGGUUUUGUACUUUAUGUACCGAAUGAGUUUGCUCUGCCCCUCUAUGACCGUCUUUGGGAGGCAGGCCAGAACUUCGGCAUCCGAAAAUCAGGUUAUUAUGCAUUAAGGUGGUUGCGUAUUGAGAAAUUCUUUGGCUACUGGGGAGAAGAUUUCAACUCGAGUAAUACUCCAUUUGAAAUUGGAAGAGAAUCAAGAGUGAAGCUUAAUAAGGAGAUUGAUUUCAUUGGAAAGUCAGCAUUGAUUGAACAGAAAAGCAAAGGAGUUGAGUCGAAGUUAACACAGUUCCUCCUGGAAGACCAUGACCUUGAUAAUGACCUCUGGCCAUGGGGAGAUGAACCGAUUUACCGAGACGGCAAGUUUACCGGAAUGUCAACCUCCAGUGGUUAUGCUCCGACACUCGGCAAGAUGGUCGUAGUAGGUUGGGUGACCAAUCAGAAUGAGCAGACAGGACAGCGAGACAUUGUGACCAAUGACUUUGUAUUGAAAGGUCAUUAUGAGAUUGAACUAUCGGGUAAAAGGUUUCAUGCUAGAGGGAGCCCUUACCCAGUGAAGCUGCAGCUCAAACAACCUCAGUUUGGUUAACAACUCUAAUUGUAUCAUCAUACUGUAUAAUUCUGAUAGAAACCUUGGGUCAAUCAAUCAAUCAAUCAACCAAUGAACAGAAAUUUGUAAAGCGCAAUUAUCCAUGGCAGAUUUUAUCGGAUAAAAAUAACCUCCGACUUGGCAUCAUUAAGACAAAAGUUAUUAGCAGUAAGCCACUGUUUGAUAUUCACAGCGCACUGUUCUAGUGAUUUUAUUGCUGACGGAAAAUUGUUCUUUUUAAACGAAAGGUAGAUCUGUGUGUCAUCGGCAUACUGGUGGAAUUCUAUAUUGUGAUGCCUUAUAAGUUUACCAAUAGGAGCAUUUUAAACGAAAAAAGCAAAGGCACAAGAAUAGAUCCCUGGGGCACACCUUGUUUAGGAGCAUAGCAGACUUCGAUUGCUGAAUUGAAAUCAUUAAUUCUUUGUUUAGUUUUUGCAGGGAGUUUUUAUACUAAUAUAGUUCAGUUGUUAUAAUUCAGUAAUCGAAGUCUGAACUACUGUAUAACAACUCCCUGGUUUUUGUGUCUACUGCCCAUUUAGGGGCCUACUGGGUUUCUAUUUUUAAGUUUUAUGUUAAUUUGAAAAAAAAAUGUUGUGAACUACAGUAUCAAUAAAGGAACUUUCAGGGAUAAUUUGUAUGGUUUUGUUUUUUGAAGUCGUAAUUCAGGUAGGCCUUCAGGGGCCUACUGGGUUUCUAUUUUAAGUUUUACGUUAACUUGGGAAAAAAAAUGUUGUAAACUAGAGUAUUAAUAAAGGAACUUUCAGGGAUAAUUUGUAUGGUUUUGUUUUUUUGAAGUCGUAAUUCAAGUAGGCCUUCAGGGGCCUACUGGGUUUCUAUUUUAAGUUUUACGUUAACUUGAGAAAAAAUGUUGCAAACUAGAGUAUUAAUAAAGGAACUUUUGAGGGAUAA